AUGGUCUGGCUCGGCGCGCGCUACUUCGUAGCACUUGCCAUAUUCGAGAAGAAAGCGGCGCGCGCUACUUCGAAGAAAUUUAGACGAGCUGACUGCGGCUGGUGCUCCAGUUCCCAGUUCUCUUGCGGAGUGAAGUGUAUUGACAGUACCUCACUCUGUGAUGGCAGACUCGACUGUCUUGAUAUGGAGGAUGAGAGUGUUUGCAGCUCCUCUAAUGAUUGUAAUGGGUACAAGUGUAAAGGAACAGGAGUGUGUCUCCCAGCUAGGAUGAAGUGUAACGGGUACAGGGAGUGUGAGUUGGGGGACGACGAGAAGAAGUGUCCCAGAGUGGCUGCUAAGUGCAAUCAGUUAGAGUGGAAGUGUAAUGACGGUACUUGUAUCAGUAAAACUUGGCUCUGUGAUAGACAUCCUGACUGUGCCGAGGGAGAGGACGAACAGGAAUGCGCAGCAUGUGAUCCCGUAUUACAGUUCGACUGUGGAGACCGCUGUAUUAGUGUCACUGAUGUGUGUGAUGGUUUUAUUCACUGUAAACAGGAUGGAAGGGACGAGGCUAACUGCCAAGCAUGUAAAAAGGGACAGAAACAGUGUAAGAAUGGCCAGUGCAGGGCCACUAACCGGUGGUGCGACCGGACCCCGGACUGUUCUGACCGGUCAGACGAGUGGAACUGUACCUACACUAUGGUAGAUCCCCGAACUGAUGGGAAUCAGAACCACAUAGCCCCCACUCUGAUAAUAAUAUUCGCGGCCCUCUUCAUGACUGUGGUGGGAGUUGGGCUUCUCUACAAGUUCAACAUUCUACCUCGAGUCAGAUCUACGUACAAGCAGCUCACUCAGUCCAGCAACAAAACAGUGGAGACGAACGUAUGUGUCACUACAAACACCUACUCGGAACUGGAGACAACAGUGUGUAGUUCGGAUGGUGCCUGGCAACGGAGGAACAACAAGUCUCUAGAUCACUAUGAGACUAUCACUAACAGUUCUAUAGGGUCCAGUCUUAAACCUAUUAACACACAAAACCCAUACGAAAGGUUCGGUAUUGCUCCAGUGCAGAGCACUACAGAUGUCAGCAUCGCAGACGGACCUCCACCCUCAAUAGCUAGCGGGGGCUACUCCUCUGGUCCCGGGGCCUCCUCGCGCGCACCUUCACGUGCACCUUCUGCCAGAUCUCACGCGCACUCCGCGCGAUCACGUGCUACUUCAGCCCGGUCACGUGUCCCCGUCAGUUACCAGUACCACGUUAACAACAACGUCAUCUGGGACGAUCAUAUCAACAGUGUGUCAGAUUACGAUCAGAACUGUUUAUCAGACAAUUAUCAGUCCGAGUUUUCAGUGGGGUUCUCGACCUCCCGUCCGGAACGACUAGCACGGAACCUAGCUCCUUGUGGAACUCCUGUCACCACCGACAACGACGACUGAUCACAUGAUAUUUGUCGUUAUUUAGUCGUCCUAAUAUCUUAGAUCUGCCGAUAAUGUGAUAGCCAAGCUCCGUGUGAUGUAUUUGGAGUGAUGUUUGCCGGCGCCGUCGGUUACCUACUGUUAUCUACUGCAUAUUGUAAUUUAUACUUUGUGUAAUAUAAAGACAUUGAUUAUUAGUUCAUUUUUGAACUAACUAUUGGCUCAUUUUGUUUUUAUCCAGGUUUGUAUCUUGAUCACCACCGAAUGCUGUUUUUAAUUUUUUGGAAGAGACUGAGAGGAUGAUUUCAGGAAGGUCAAGAUUCCUAUGCCAUUUAAGCACCUGGUGUUUUUUGCUAACAUUUUAGCAAAUUUUUAUAAAAGUGAUAGCGAAAUCAUCUUUACCGACAUUAAUGUAAUAAUUAUAAUGUACUGAUACAUAAUUUGAUGAUUUUAUUUUAUAAUUGACAUUUUGAAUACUGAAUUAAGUUCUUUGAAUGAAGUUCUUCGACCUUGGACCUGUUUACCCUAUUUAACUUAAAUUCUAAAGGCAAAUCGUUUAUUGAGUCGGAUAUUUUAAUCUUAAUCUGAUCAGUAAUCUCAAUUUAUUUGGAACACUA